CACAGCUUCUUCUUGUUCUUCUUCUGCUUCUUCACUGUGUUGUUGACCUUCGAUAUAAAACUAUCUCUCAACUGGGUCCAUCAUCAUCAUCAUGGGGUCUGCAAUUUCUGCAGAAAACAAAAGAUCAGGAAGCGAUCUUGGGGGAACAUCGUCGUCAAGCCCUGGGCUCGGAGAUAUCCCAGAAAGCUGUAUUUCAAGUGUGCUCAUGAAUUUGGAGGCAACAGAUAUCUGCAAAUUGGCCCGAGUGAACAAGGCCUUUCACAGAGCUUCUUCUGCCGAUUUCGUCUGGGAGUCCAAGUUACCUUCCUCCUACAAGUUUCUUCUCCAUCAAGUUCUUGGCGGCCAUGAUCAUGAUGAUGAUCAACAAAACCUCCAAAACUCCUUCACUAAGAAACAGAUUUAUUCCAUUCUCUGUCGACCCAAUCGCUUCCAUUCUGGUUCCAAAGAAGCGUGGUUGGAUAGAGGGAGUGGGCAAGUUUGUUUGUUCAUGUCAGCCAAGUCCAUGAAGAUUACUGGAAUAGAUGACAGAAGAUACUGGAAUUAUAUUCCAACCGAGGAAUCCAGGUUCAAUAGUAUUGCAUAUCUUCAGCAAAUGUGGUGGGUGGAAGUAGUAGGUGACGUGGAAUUUGAAUUCCCAAAAGGGAGAUACAGCCUAAAUUUCAGACUCCAAUUGGGCCGGGCCACAAAGAAAUUGGGCCGACGGGUUUGUAACGUAGAUCAAGUACACGGAUGGAACAUCAAGCCCGUUCGAUUUGAGCUGUCUACAUCGGACGGCCAGCAUGCGCACUCAGAGUAUUACCUUCGUAGGCCGGGAGAGUGGGCCCACUACCAUGUUGGGGACUUUGAAGUUGGGCCUCACGAUGGGCCCAUAAACAUCAAAUUUUCGUUGGCCCAAAUUGAUUGCACCCACGCCAAGGGUGGCCUCUCCGUAGAUUGUGCCUUCAUAGGCCCCACUGAAUUUUCCCAAACGGAUAUGCAUACGAAAUACUAUUAUUACGAUGAAGGACCAAAAGUAAAAGUGGCAAAAAUAAAUAAAUAAAUAUUUUUAACCACAUCAAUGUAUUUUGUGCACAGCUGUACAAGGACAAUAGUUUGUUUAUGUUGAUUUAAUUUUUUUUAAAUAAAAUUAUUGUAUUUUUGUAGUAAACAGUAGGUAU